AUGACCUAUUCGUCCGUGUCGUCCGUGCAAAGUCUGUUCUCCUCAUGCAACUCCACCGAGGCACACGACAAGGAGACCUACCGCGCGUACCUACACCAGGUCGCGGCAGAGCUCAACGAAACGUACCCCGAGGGCUCCUUUCUCGUCUUCAACUUCCGCCAGGGCCACUCGUCCGCGUCGUCCUCCCGGCGGAGCCUCCUGGCGGAGGUUCUGGCGGAGUUCGAGAUGACUGUGCUGGAGUAUCCGCGGCACUAUGAGGGGUGUCCGAUUCUGCCGCUCGACAUGGUGCAGCAUUUUUUGCGGAGCAGCGACAGCUGGCUGAAGCACGCGGACGAGGUGGAUGAUUUUCACCACCAGAGCCCUACUGUUGCCACUGCUGCUGAUGCUGCUGCUGCUGCUUCUGCUGCUGCUUCUCGGAUAGGAGGGGUUGGAGGUACAGGGUGUGGGGAGGAUGCGGAGUUGGAUGAGCUCGGAAACGGGUGUGGGAAUGGAUGCGAGAGCGGAGGAAGGGAUGGUGAGAUGGAGGUGCGGAAUGGCGAGACUGCGCAGGGUGCCCUCACAGCCAUGAGCGAGGAGGAAACGCUGCUGGCAGUGCAGAAGGGCGGAGGGUCGAGGGAGUUGCUCAAACUGCUGUACCCUGUCGACCCCACUGCGUCUCAGGUGCGGUACCUUGAGUACGUGAGUCGGCGCAGCAGCAUGCCCACGUGGCCCCCAGAGGAGCGCGUGGUUCAACUCGACUGCAUGAUCCUGCGAACGGUUCCCAGAUUCGAUUCCGCGGGCGGCUGCCGCCCGGCAAUCAAGAUCUACGGGCGGGUCCCUGAGAGCACGCACAGGGAGACGACGCUGCUGUUCCACAGCCUGAAGCGGGCGCAGAGGGGAUGGGGGACGCCGCCGGGGGGAGGAUGGAGCACACCAAGGGGAGGCUGGGGAACGCCUGGGGGAGGGUGGGGAACGCCAGGAACGCCUGGAGGAGGGGGGUGGGGAACGCCAAGAGGGGGAGGUUGGGGGACGCCGAUGGGGGGCGGAGGGUGGGGGACGCCGAGAGGGGGAGGAGGGUGGGGAACGCCGAGGGGUGGGGGAUGGGGAACGUCUGGGGGAGGAUGGGGGACGCCACAGGCAACUCCUAGGGGAGGAGGAAAGGGGGGAUUCAUUCCGCACUACAAGCAGGUAGGAAGGAGGAAACUCUUGAGGCGCCUCAAAGGUGGGGGAUGGGGAACGCCUGGGGGAGGAUGGGGGACGCCACAGGCAACUCCUAGAGCAGGAGGAAAGGGGGGAUUCAUUCCGCACUACAAGCAGGGACAACGUGGUGGUGUAGUGCCCCCUUUGAAAACUCCCCCAAUCCCCCCCCUCCCUUCCGCCCUUCCCCCCGUUCCUCCACGCCCCCCCGCUUCUCAGGGCGACACGGAGGUGGUGAAGGGAGACACAGAAGUGGUGAAGGUGAACGUGCAGGUGGCGGUGCAGGGCGACGUGGUGGUGGAGUGUGUGCAUGUGGACGAGGAGGGCGAGGGCGAGGCGGUGAUGUUCCAGGUGGUGUUCAACACGGCCUUCCUGCGCUCCAACAUGCUGCUGCUCGACCGCCACCAGCUCGACAUCCUCUGGGACGCCAGCGCCAGCUUCUCAGAGGAUUUCAGAGUCGAGCUUCUAUUCGCAGAGCCAGACCACGACAUCCCACCCACCCCCUCACCCAGGUUCUUCCACAGCGACUCCUCCAGGUUCUCACCGCACCACUCCACCACCCCAUCAGCAUCCUCCUCCCCUCUCCCCGACGAGGACUUUCAGACCCUCGCUGCUCUCUUCCAGUCGUCCCACUGGUCUCCUGACGACAGCCGCAGGGCUCUGGAUCACCUUCGCAUGCAGCUCCUGGGGGAACCCUCAAGCGCAGGAGGAGCAGCAGGAGCAGGUGUAGCAGGAGCACCUGGUUCUCCUGGAUUUUCAAUUCCGCCUUCUCUUGCCGCGUCGCUUGGGUCGGGUUCGGUUUCGGGUUCGGUGCUAGGGUCGCUUGCUGGGUCGCUGUGUGGUUCAGCUGCCGCGUCUGCUGUGUGCUCUCCACGAGCUGCAGCAGCAGCUGCUGCUGCUGGUUUUCCUGGCAAGCUCACGCAUCCCCAGGUGCAGCUGUUGCGGAGAUCGGGUGCUGCUGGUGGCGGUGGUGGUGGUUCGGGCGAUUUCUCAAGCCCGCUCUCUCCUGCUUUGUUCACGUCCACGUCAGCAAAUGAUCGACAAAACGAGGCACUGCCCAAGUGGUCGAUUCAUGACGUGGAGGAGGACGAGGAGGCUGAUUUCUCUAAGCUCGUGGAUGAGCCUGGUGAUGAGUCAUCAUCUCGUGACACGUCACCGACGCUCUCCAGCGACGUGAUUGGCUCGCGAGGGUCCACCAGAGAGUCCAGCUCAUCACCUCCCGCAAACCACAAGCUUUUCUCCUCUCCUCGCAGUUCUUCUUCUUCUUCUGCUGCUGCUGGUGGUGGUAGGAGCGGUAGCAGUGGUGCUAGUGUAACUAGAGCCAGGCAGAGAGCAGGUAGAAAAGCAGUACAGACAGGCAGACUAGGGAAGGUGGAUGUGAGUGCGUUGAGCGUGGGAGUGCUGUUUGGGGGGUCUGUGGAGGAGGAUGAGGAGGAGGAGGAGGAGGAGGAGGACGAGGAGGAGGAAGGGAUGGGGGAGGAAGGCUCACGAGAGAAGCAGAUGAGGAUGCUGCGGGUCUUAGGCAGGUUUGGUGCACCUGGUGCUGGUGGUGGCGGCGGCGCUGGUGGUGGUGGUGGUGGUGGUGGUGGUGGUGGUGGUGGUGGUGGUGGUGGUGGUGGUGGAAGAAGUGUUGGGUCUGGCUCAGGGCUUAGAAGCAGUCUGGAUGGAGGGAUUGCAGGAGGCGGAAGGGGAGGAGGAGGAGUGGGAGGAGUGGAAAGCGGUACUGGGAAUCAUCACUCUGGUGUAGUGGGAUUUGCAGCGUCUACCGUGGGUGAGCAUGGGGAUCUGGCCAGUGCAAGAGGAACCGCUGGGCUAGUUUUAGGGUUUGGUCGGAGGUCAGUAGAGGGUGAAUCAGGGCUGGGAACAGGGAGAAGAAAAGCAGCAGCAGGAGCAGGAGCAGGAGUAAUAGCUGGGGGGGUUGACAGUGACAAACACGCCGGGGUGGGGCGUGCAAGGGAAGGGUUGCAGGGGCUGCGAGGGAAUGAGCUGCUGGAGAUCCCCCGACAUAAGCUGAAGCAGGCCCGCAGUCACAAGCACGCUCAUGAGCUUGCUCUCUUGCCUCUUGAUCUGGCUGGUGGUGGCCCGUCGCUGUUUCGCUUUGAGCAUGACCUUCCUCUGCCUGCUGUGCUGGCAGGAAAGGGUGAUGCGGGGUUAAGAGUGAGUGAUUUGAGCAGGGGAAAGGAGUUGCUUGGUGGAGGAGGAGAGACGAGGAGGAAGGGAAUGGACGCGGAGAGGUCGAGUGGUGUGAGUGUGGAAGCAGCAAAAGGCACAGGAGGUGACGGGCGAGCCGUGGAAGGGUUGACAGAUGAGGGAGGAGAGGUGGGAAGAGCGGAAGAAGCAGGGCAUGAGACACACGAGAAGGGUGGAGCAGAGAGCACGGAAGGAUCACCUUCAGAUUGGAACGAAUCCCGCAGGAAGUCUCGGAGGGAGUUUGUUAAGGGCUUGUCUCUCAAAAUCCCUGACAGUGCCGCAGGGGAUAACGACGGAGGGAGCAGUGACGGUGGGGGGAAGGACAAAGACGGAGACGACAGCAAUGGUAUCAUCCGCAGCAGCAGCAGCAGCAGCAGCAGCAGCAGCAGAAGAAGAAGCGGCGGGUUGGAGGACGGGGCUCCUUUGUCUGUGCGGGAGCGAUGCGCGUCCCUGGGCAGCAGGGGAGGGAGCUUCAAGGGGGGGAAAGGGUCAAUGGAGAGUCCCUCUGCGCCUAAACUGGGGUCGGAUUUGGCGUCCCUAGGGAGCAGGUCAGGCAGGGUAGCACAGCUGAGAUUGAGGGUACUUCAGGAACUGGAGAAGGAGAAGGAGAAGGAUGGGGUGCCAGGGGCAGGGGCAGGGGCAGGGGCAGGAGCAGGGGCGGGGGCAGGAGUGGUGGCGCAUGGGUCGCCUAGGCCAGUGGUGGAUGAGUGUUUGUCUGCUAGGCAUAAGCUGCAUGUGGUGUGGCCUCCUCCUGGUCAUAUGCUGGCUGGAGGAGAGGGCGGAGGAGGGGGCGGUGGUGGUGCUGGUGGUGGGGGUGGUGGGAGAGGGAGUGGGAAGCGGCAUUCCACAGGAGGGAUUGGGAUGGAGGGAGCGGAGGAGAGGAAAGGGUCGGGGCUGGUGAGGAGUUUCAGCCGGCGGUUCAGUGGCGGCGCCCCUCCCCCUCCCCCUCCCCCUGGAUUCAAAGGCCCUCCGCCCCCUCCCCCGCCUGGGGGAAAGCUUCCGCCACCUCCUCCCCCUGGGGGGAAGCUUCCGCCUCCUCCCCCAGGGGCAGGGAGGGGGGCGGGAGUGGGGGGGCACCAGCAGCACUACCAUCAGCAACCAGGGGCAGCUGGGGCUGCUGGGGCUGCUGGUGGGGGUGUGAGGAGAACCCCUCUCAAGUCGUUUUACUGGGGGAAGGUGGUGCGGCCAGUGGAGGAUAGCCUCAACCUGGAGCUGAAUCUGGAGGAGCUAGAGGAUCUCUUCUCAGCAGCACCGCCGCCCAAGGCAGUCAAGCUUUAA